AUGACAACGGCACCUCACACUGGCAUUGUCGAGAGCUCUGUCGUGGCCACUUUGGCAAAGAUCCUCUUGACACCAUUGUCAGGCUGGCCUUCUAUGCUUCAGCUCCUGACUGGAAGCUUCGUGCUCCUCUUUGGCUGGAUUGUUUACAACCUUGCCAUUUCCCCACUCUCUCGCUAUCCAGGUCCACUCUCUGCACGUCUUGGCAUUCCUUUCUGGAGGUUUUGGCAUUCUCUGCAAGGUGACUAUGCUCCUGCAUUGUACUCACUGCACAGAAAGCAUGGUGACGUUGUACGAAUCGGCCCUACUCAUCUUUCUUUUGCGGAUCCAACCGCAAUGAACUCGAUCUACAGCCUUUCAGACGGGGUUUCGAGCAAGUUCCGGAAAUCUAAUUUCUACCGCUCGUUUCAGGUAUUCAAGGCUCACCCUUCCAUCUUCAGCGAGCGGGAUCCACACCAGCAUAGCAAGCGUCGUAGAGCUGUUGCAAGUGCCUACAGCAUGAACAGUCUUGUCAAGCUCGAAGAGUACGUUGAAGACGUCACAGAGUUGUUGCUCAAGCGUCUUGACGAGCUGGUCGAGACCAACUCGGUUGUCGAGGGCGGGGGCACGAGCGAAAAGACAAAGACAAAAGCGGUUCGGCUGGACCCCUGGUUCCAUUACUUUGCCAUGGAUGUAGUCGGAGAGUUGGCCUUUGGACAAUCGUUCAACCUUUUGCAUCGCGGAAAGGACGACGAAAGAUUCUUGACUGGCGUCCUGAACCUCUCGCAGUGGGGCGCAGUCGCGGGAUGUAUGCCGUUGCUGUCGUCCUUGAUUUUGUGGCUAUUUCCCCGAAUCACAGGUCAGCCCGGCGGAAGCGUCAUCGGCGAUAAGACCACUUCAAGAAUUCAGACUCGGUACGCUGAAGUCCAAGAUAACGGUGGUGUGGCGUCUCGCCCAGACAUGCUCACCAAGUUUAUGGAGGCGAGAGAUCCUGAUACGAAAGAAAAGUACUCGAUGAAACAAGUGCUCUUCUCAGCUUCCUCAGUCAUGUCGGCCGGAUCAGACACUACGGCGACGUCUCUCACCAUAUUUUUCGGCUACCUUCUCGAGCAUCCAGCGUGUUAUGCCAAGCUGCGACAAGAGAUCAACGAAGCCAUCCAGGCUGGCCACCUCAUCUCGCCCGUCAAGUACGCCAAGGGCGCCCAAUUGGAGUAUCUACAAGCUUGCAUCAAGGAAGCUCUACGUCUCUCUCCACCAAUCUCGAUGGAUCUUCCACGCUACGUUCCCGCGGGAGGAGCGUUGAUCGGAAAGAACCCUCACGUUAUCCCUGCCGGUACUACUGUCGGAAUCAGCCCUUAUGUUCUGCAUCGCCAGCCCGAAGCUUUUGGCGCCGACGCCGAAAUGUUCCGACCCGAGCGCUGGCUUGAAGGUGGGGAAGAGGGAAGAAAGGCGAUGGAACGCUUCAACAUGACCUUUGGCGGUGGAUCUCGUGCAUGCAUCGGAAAGAACAUCAGCUUGAUGGAGCUUUCCAAGACCAUUCCUGAGAUUUUACUUCGAUACGAUAUCAAGAAGCCCGCAGUCAGUACUCACCUCCAUACCACACCUUCAAACGCCAAACAGCCAUUCUUCCAAGGCAAGAGUGCAUGGUUCCUCGAAGCACACAACCUUCACGUUGAGCUCGUCCCACUCCACAAUAUUUGA